AUGAGUAAGAUUAAGCACAAUGAACUGGAUGAUUUAAUGGUGAUUCUGAGAAAACAGACAUGUGGCCAAAAUCUAUCAAAGACUGCCAGAACAUUACUUUCUUCACCGAGAAAUACUAUAAUAUGGUCUGUAAAUUCUUGUUAUUACUGUCAUUUUGGUGUACGGGUUGGUUUAACUGAAGUAUUAGAGGUUGAACAAAAUCAAAUAAACAAUUUUAACAUCAGCAUUAAAAUUUCAACAGAUGGGUUGCCUUUGUCAAACAGCAGCACAAGCGAAUUAUGGCCAAUAAUGGGAUGUAUUGUUCAUAGUUCGGUUGUAUUUAUCAUUGGAGUAUAUCAUGGAUAUUCCAAACCAGACAAUGCUAAUGAGUUUUUACAAGAUUUUUUUGUUGAAAUUACUGAUUUAAUUAAUAAUGGAUUUGUAUACAAAGAAGCAUUGCAUAGUAUUAGCAUAUACUGCUUUACAUGUGAUACUCCGGCUCGUUCUUUCAUCACAAUGACCAAGGGGCAUGCAGGGUAUUAUAGCUGUUCAAAAUGUUGCCAAGAAGGAGAAUAUAUUGACCAUCGAAUGUGUUUUCCAAAUGUAACUAAUAGUGUUUUAAGAACUGAUAACUGUUAUAUUAAUCAAGAAUAUGGUGAUUAUCAACUAGAUUAUAUGCAUUUGGUGUGUAUUGGUGUGACGCGAAAAAUAAUGGCUUUAUGGUUAGCUGGUAAACCAGCUUAUAAAAUUGUGCAUCUUCCUACUAAAAAAAUUUAA